UAAGAGGCUAAUUUUCCUUCAACAGAAGAUAUUUGGGACCAUACCUUAAUCGUGCAGCUAGAAGAGGGAGGGAGGUGGGCGGAGCCUGAGAGGGGAUUGGUGGAGACGGGCCACGCCCCCCUUGGAGCCCGCUGGUGGAGGGAGCUCUCCCUCAGAGUCAGCUUAGUGAGUGCCGGGUGUUAUGGUAAGAUGUGGUCGCCACUCGUGGUGCUCGCCGGACUUCUCGCCCUCGGCACCCUCGCCCACGUUCAGAGCAAGGCCCGACCUGGUCGCGGCCGCGGAAGCAACUGGUGGGACUGGUGUUUCAGGGGUAUUGCCAAGGCAGGGGAGCCCAAUAACCUCGUACCGAUGUCACCAACCAUGGUCUACAUGGAUCCCACAGCUCAGUCCUCCUUGAGGAGGAAGCAGCGGAGGCUAGUCCGGGAGAACCCGGGCGUCAUCAUGGCCAUCAUCAAGGGCGCUAACCAGGCCAUCCAUGAGUGCCAGUACCAGUUCAGGAACAGGAGAUGGAACUGCUCCACCAGGAACUUCCUCAGGGGGAAGAACCUCUUUGGCAAGAUUGUAGAUCGAGGUUGCAGAGAGACAGCGUUCAUAUACGCAAUCACGAGCGCCGCAGUUACUCACGCAGUCGCUCGUGCUUGUGCAGAAGGGACGAUAAAAUCUUGCACUUGCGACUACAGCCACAAAUCCCGUGGUGCCCCAAGGGCUACCAACGGGGGCGGAGCUCUUGGAGUCCGUGAUUGGGAAUGGGGAGGCUGCUCAGACAACAUAGGCUUCGGUUUCAAAUUCUCCAGAGAGUUUGUCGACACCGGUGAGCGCGGACGAUCACUCAGAGAGAAAAUGAACCUUCAUAAUAACGAAGCUGGCAGGACGCACGUUGCAACGGAGAUGAGGCAAGAAUGCAAGUGCCAUGGUAUGUCUGGUUCGUGCACGGUGAAGACUUGCUGGAUGAAGCUGCCGACAUUCCGGGAGGUCGGGGACAACCUGAAGGACAGGUUCGACGGGGCGUCUAGGGUGAUGGUGAGUAACGCAGGGAGCCUCCGACCGACCGGCAAGAAGUCGAGGUACAACUUCCAGCUGAAACCUUACAAUCCUGAACACAAACCUCCAGGCACCAAAGACCUGGUGUACCUCGAGCCCUCGCCAGGGUUCUGCGAAAGAAAUCCCCGCCUGGGUAUCCAGGGUACGCACGGCCGGCAGUGCAACGACACCUCCAUCGGCGUCGACGGCUGCGACCUCAUGUGCUGCGGACGAGGACAUCGCACCCAGGAGAUCACGGUCGUCGAGAGGUGCGCUUGUACCUUCCACUGGUGCUGCGAAGUGAAGUGUAAAUUGUGCAGGACAAAGAAAACGAUACACACCUGUUUAUAGACUGACCCCAUCAAUUCCCCAAACUCCACAUUGUAUCGUUUACGUGACUGAUGUAUAUAUUCCCGUGAUGUGUGUGAUUGUACAGGCUAGUGAGACAUCUCAGAGUCAACAGUAUUAUUAAGGGUAUUUUAAUUAGUUUUAAGGCGAUGAACUGUUUUUAUUUGUGUAAAUUAUAAAUGUAAAUUUUAUUUUAGUUUAAGGCGGAAUAUUAAUGUAUUAUUUCUUUCUUUUUCCUAUUAAAGCGACCUAAUAAAUUUUAUUUACCAAACCGAGGCACGUAAUGUAAAUACUUAGCUUUAUAGUUCCAGUGUAGCUUAUUUAUUUAUUAUUUCGAAAAAGAACAUAACGUUGUAAAUAAACCUAUGUAUAUUAUGUACUAUUAUUAAGUUUGGAGAGAUUGUUGUAAUAUAAAUGAACAGCUAAGACUAGUGUUUAAGCAAAUACAUAGAUUAUAAUAGUCUAUGAUAAAACUUUUAUGACUGAUUAGAUCUUUAUAAAUACCUAUUCGUUCUUUAUUAUAAAUUUCUUUCAUGCGAAAUAACAUACGUAAAAUUGAAUUCGUCUUAAGUGAUUACAAUAAAGUGCUUAAUUUCCAAUGUCAUUAAUUAAUUUCCUUUAUUUCACAUUAUGUAGCUCAGAUCCCAUGAGCGUAUGACUUCAGUAAACUUAAUCUACUACACGUAAGUACAGUAACAACAGAGUUUUCAAAACUGUUCACCAGUCGAAGUUCCAGCUUAAGUUAGAGAAGUAGAAGUUAAAUUAGUUUUAAUGCUUUAUAUAAACAAGUGUAAGUGACAAAAAAAAAAUCAGUUAUUAAAUCCUUACUUACUAUCCUUACUAUGAUUUACGAAUUACUGAUCAUUCUCGAACUUCAAGAAAAAAAUCUUAAACUUAAUUUAUACUUAGCCCCAUACCAGACUGAAACGACUAGAAACCGCCCGACGUUUUCGACUAGUGCAGCACUUACUAGACAAACGCUCUAAGCUCACAAUCAAUUACAAACGACUCAUAUAUAUGACAAUAAUAAGACAUAUUAGGACUUACGGAAUUAAGCUUUGGGGCUCCACUAAAC